UGCAUGCUGGGCGCUCAGGCGACCCUCUCAGAGGCCCAACCGCCGGCGUGGCGCCCCGGGUCUGGAAGCAUGAAUUUGGACCGGGGAAGGGGUCUCUGCAGGGCCGGCGGCGGACUGGGGCGGCCAGACCUGAAAAUGAAACUGAAGCGGGACUCUGGUCACAUGACAGGGGGCUCUGAAUAAAGGCGGCCACUUCCUCCGGAGUUUUGCUUCCAGAUCUGCGGCGGCCGGAGACCGCUGAGCCCGGAGGCAUGGAGUGCCCCUCCUGCCGGCACGUCUGCAGAGAGGAAGCUGCCAAGUUCUGCAGCCAGUGUGGAAAGCCACUGCCCCGCGCGGCCCCCGCGCCAGAGUCUGAGAACAACCCCAAGAUGACCUCGGUCUCUGAGGGGGAGAUGGAGUGUGGACAGCAGUUGAAGGAAGAAGGUGGCCCCACCGUGACGUUGGUCCCCGAGGAGGACAUGGAGUGUGGACAGGAGCUGAAGGAGGAAGGUGGCCCCUUCCCGUCACUGGGCCUCAGUGACCAGCAGGAGAGUCUGGACGAGCCUGGCUCCUGGACCACCCAGAAAGGACCCGACUUCGAGGUUUGUGUAGACGCAGCCGCCUGCUCCGCUGGUGAGCUGGAGGCUGCUAAUCGCCGUCCCAGCAAAAGAAGAAAGGAGGACGCAAGCCCGCUUGAGGCGGCGGCUGACGGGCUCCCCGCAGACCCGGAGCAGAGCAAGAGUAAGAGCAGAAGAGAAAGGAGGAAGAGAAAGAACCAGACAGCCUCCGCUUCCAUGGGGCCGGAGUCCUCCUCCCCCUCCAUGCUCUGCAGUCUGGAUCCGCUGGCAGACCCUGGGUUCCAGGAUGCAGCCCUGCCUCCAGGCACAGCUCAGCAGGGUGGUCUCCACAGCCAGCCGAGUGGGUCCCUGGGCAAAGGCACGGGCGCAGCUGUGACACCUGGUGGUCACAGAGGGUCCCUGCUGGGCCCAGCUGUAGGCAGCGCAGAGGGAGCUGCAGGAAGCGAGUCUCCAGGCAGCGUGGCCUCCCAGGGUCCCACCCCCAAGGCCACUGAGGGUGGUCCUGGGAAGGAAGCCGCUGCCCAGGAGCUCCCGCCACCUAAGUUGGAUGGCGCCCACUCUGAGCCCAGGAGAGAGCCGCCUGCGGCCCCCACCUCUGGGGCUAUGGGAGCCACAGCCAAGGCAGGGGAUCCAAAGAAGGGGGCCAAGGAAAAAGUUCAAAAUGAGACUCAGAAAUCGAAACCGCCGCCCACAAGCGUCCCUGCUUCCCGGGAGCACCACCAGGGAACUGAACCCAAGGGCGAGACUGCAGUUUCUGGAGAGAAAGCCCAGCCGGGAGCCCCGAAGAAGGCGGCAGGGGCUCCUGGGCAGGAUGUGGCUGCCGAGAAGAAGGUGCCGAAGGACCCGAGAGCCGAUGCGCGGGGAGUGCCGGAGAGCCCCCUGAGCCCCGGGGAAGGGGUCACAGUGUUCUUCCACGCCAUCAUCUCCAAAGACUUCGGCUUCCAACCCGGCCGCCACCGGGUGUUUGUUCGCGGGGGUGAGGAGCUUGGGGAGCCGCGGUGGCGCUACAACGUCUGCGAGAUGCACUGCAUCAAGGACUUGGAUUCUCACGGGUACCUGGUGGAAGGCAGCACCGCCAUCUCCAAGCAGCACCUGGACAAACCCAUCCCGUACAAGUACGUGGUCGACCGUGGCGAGGACCCCGUGGAGUAUGAGUUCAUCUACGAAAAGCAGAAGAAGGAAAACACACACAUCGACCGCUGCCUGCACGUGAAGUCCACGCUGCUGGGCAGGGGAGGCUGGCAUCAGUACGAUGACAUUGCUUGCAAGAAGCCACCUGGGAUGGUGCAGAGAUUGGUAAACUUCAUCACGGACCAGACCAGGAAAGACUUGGUGAGAGGGAAGAAGCUGGCGGCCGGCAUGAUGCUGGACAGCCUCCUCGGCGUCCUCCGGCCCUGGAGCGCCGCCAAUCUCAGCAGCUUUUUCACCCAGUUCCGCCAGUUUUACUCUGUCAUCCGCGUGCCCAUGAUCCACGAAGCAGGGGAGCGGCCCUGGAGCUCCCUGCAGUAUGAGGAGAAGCAGGUGCAGGAAGACCUGUGGGAGCAUCUGAGAACCAGAGCGGCCCGGUUCCUGCACAGGAGCGGGGACCCUCUGCCGGCGGACUUCCCGGUGCGGAGCAGGUUGAGGAUGGGCCUCGUCAUCCUGAGCUUGGUCCAAGAAUUCAAGCUUCCUGCAUUUCCGCACGACCUGUCCUUGCUGUGUGACCUCCUGUGCUGUGAUGCCUGUUCUCCCGGGGACUUCCAUGCGGACCUAAGCCACAUCUCAGAAACGCCUCAGAGGUGGCGAGAGGCCCUGGUAGACCUGUGCCACAAGAGCGUGACCUACAGGAUCGACCUCUGGGUGGGCGUCCUGCCUGUGUUCCACCACUGCACGGAGCGGCCCGCUUGCGGAGGGGACUCCACGGUUCAGCAGGAGGUGGCCUGGGCAGCCCUCGAAGGAAUCCCUUUCAAGGAAUUCCGGGAAAAGAGAGCGGACGGGAAGAAGUUACUGCAUCUGAUGCAGGGGAAGAAGCACCUGCUGGACCUGGACGCGCACCUGUUCCGCUCCUGGUUCAGUUUGCUGCCCCUGGACACCCUGGUCUUCUACCUGCAAGAAUUCAUCCACUACUUGAGUCGCUCUCCGGCCCACGUCCUGGACUGUCUGCUGGGGACCUUCCACCGUCUUCAAGGACUGAAGGAAAUCUCCAACAGGAAGGUGGAGGAGGUCAGGGACACCCUGAAAAUGCUGCUGCACCUCCUGGACAUGUUUCAGGACAAUGUCCUGGAGAAGCCUCUGGCCCUGUCCUACCCGACCGUGUGCCUGAAGCUGCACCAGACUGUCUGCAGACUCUCCAAAGAUCACCUGUUGCACGAGCUGCUGGCCUUGUCUGCAAAAAUUGUGCGCGCAGUGGUCUCACUGAAGCCUCUGGCGGAUUCAGCAGACGGGAAGGGAAGUAAAACUGGGGAGAGCUCAGUGAGGACCAUCGUCCAGACAGCCCUCAAUACCACGAAAUCGUGGCUCCGGGGAAUCUUCAAUAAGAGCAUGUUCCAGAACUCAGGUGCCUCUGCUCUCACUGAUGUCACAUUCACGUACAAGCAGGAGAUGCAGGUCUGGCGGCAGCUGGUGGAGAUCGACUUCCCCGCGGAGCACGGCUGGCGGGAGUCCCUGCUGAGGGACAUGGAGGGGAGGCUCAAGCAGGAGAGUCCUCGCUCCCAGAUCUUGGCCUUCUGCAGUGUGGACUGGAAGGGUGCGGAUGCGGAGGACGGCGUGGCCAAGUGCUUUGAGAACUGCGUCAUCGAAGCCAUCAGCUCGGCCUGCCAGUCUCAGACCAGCGUCCUGGAGGGACUGUCCUGCGUAGACCUGCACCGGUUUGGCACUCUUGUGUCCACCGUGAUCACCAAGUCCUGGCCGAGAGACAGUCGGGGCCCCAUCGAUGACCCGCCCAAGGUUCUGAAGCACCUGCUCACGGGGCCGGACAUCAAGCACCUCUUCAGACUGUAUGGAAGUGAUGAGAAACUGCUGAAACACUUCACCGAGGAAGGCAAGACUCUGAUGGCUGCCGCUGACUCUAUCAUCACCGAAGUAGCCCGUGACCUCCUGAGUGGGACGGUGCUGGUGGGACAGCUGGAGCUGAUCUGGAGCCACCGGAGCCAGUUCCUGGACAUCUGGGAGCUGAAGAGAAAAAGUCUUUCGCCCCAGGAGAAAAAGCAAGACAUGCAGCAGGUGCUGCGCGGCCAGUGGGAAGCGCUGGCCUUCCUGCAGGAGGAGAAGAGGCGUGUGGACAGCCUCCUGAAGCUGUGCGAAGGGGUGCGGAACCUGGUGAAAGUGGAUUUCGGAGAGAUCGCGCGCAGACACUCGGAAGACCUCAGCGGUAAAAGACUGAAUGGUGUUGUGAUGAUGCGUCCGUCACCCACCUCCUCAGGCCUGAUGUGGGUAACACACUACUGUCUGAGCCCCAGUGUCCAGGAAAUGGCCCAAAGGGUGGACUUGCUCAAGGACAGUCACAUCUUCCGGACCCUCUGGGAGGAGGCCGCAGAGGCCCUGCACCUGGUGCCGGAGGAGGAGGAGGAGGAGGAGGCGCGGCCAUCUGUGGACAUUGAGGACGUGUACGAAGAGCUGUAUCGUCCUUGUUUGGACAAGUUCUGUAAACUGUAUGAGGACCUGAAGUCAGGAGAGUUGACCUUGGCGGAAGUGGACACCGUCUUCAAGGUCUUUGUGGAUCGGUCCAGCAGCCUGGCCGCCGACCUCAGCAUCAUGUGCGCCCUGGACCCCGAGGCCCCGAGGGACUGGGUCCCGAGGUGCGUCAAGCAGAUCAGGGAGUACCAGCGCCUGCAGCGGGCCGGCGACGUGGCGAGGGUCAUCCAGGAGGUCAGAGCGGCUUUGGGCCUGACCGGUGACUUCGAGGUUCUGGACAUUUUAUUGAGACUUACGGACCACAUUGAGAACUUCCACCACGGGACCCUGAACGAGAUCGACGAGUCGGUUGUGUCCGCCAAUAGUCUGCUGGAGCAUGUCAAUGAGCCCCGGUUCCAGGCCCUGCAGGAGCUGGCCAUGAGGAGAGAGUUCAUCGCCUGGGUCCGGGGGGCGCUCGGAGGCAUCCACGAGCUGAAGGUGUUCGUGGACCUGGCCUCCAUCUCUGCGGGGGAGAACGACAUCGACGUGGACCGCGUGGCCUGUUUCCACGACGCGGUGCAAGGCUACGCGUGCCUGCUCUACAAGCUGGACGCCAGUGCGGGUUUCCAGGAGUUCAUGGACCUUCUGAAGGAACUGUGGAAGGCUCUGGAAAACGACCCACACCUGCCCAGGAAGCUUUGCGACUCUGCCCGGAACUUGGAGUGGCUGAAGACGGUGAAGGAGAGUCACGGGUCCGUGGAGCUGUCAUCCCUGUCACUGGCCACCGCCAUCAACAGCAGAGGCAUUUACGUGGUCCAGGCGCCUGCCGACGGCGAGCUGAUUUCCCCAGACACGGUUCUCCGCCUAGUCCUGCCCGAGAGCCACGGGGCCGUCCAGGAGGAGCGGGAGUACUCCCUGGAGGAGCUGAAGGAGCUUCUGAACAAACUGAUGCUCAUGUCUGGCAGGAAAGACCAGAACAGCACGGAGGUGGAGGUGUUCUCGGAGGUGUUCUCCAACAUGGAGAGGCUGGUCCAUGCCUUCAUCAACCUCUACUGCGCGGGGAACUUGCUGUUCCGGGACUGGAGGGCCGAGGUGUGCUGCUCCCCCGAGGGCGAGGCCUCUGUGCAGGUGGACUUCGGCUGGGGGACGCUGCCGACGCUGGAGGGUCGAGGGCCGCUGGCCCUGAUGCUGGAGGCCAUCUGCUGGCAGAUGGAGCGCUUCCUGCGCCAGUGGGAGGACUUCGUGGCUCAGAAACGAGCUGAGCACUUUCACCUCAACUACUACACGGCCGAGCAGCUGGUCUACCUGAGCACGCAGCUCCUGAGGCACCCGCCCGAGGACGCCGCCCUCACCCUGCUGUCCUUCAUCAAGCCUGACUGCAGCGCCCAUGACGUCUGGGAGGCCUGCCGGAGGCCCGACAGCGCAGCGGCCCAGUGGCAGCCUCAGACACAGACGGACGAAUUGCUGCUCAUGCUCAGAGGCGCGUCCGGCCUGGCGGACGAGCUGAGGGUCAUCAUGGAACAGUCCCUGACAGGCAUGUGUGACUUCCUGCCUCACUGCCUGGACCUCGAGGGCCUGGGCCGCUGCCUGGCUUCCCUGGCGACAAAGGGCCGGCCUCCCGUCACCCGGGAGCUCCCGAAAGGCCUGCAGGCCGGCCAGCCCAACCUCGUCGUCUGCGGCCCCUCGGAGGUGCUGCUGGCUGCCCUGGCCGUCUACAUGCACAGCCCGCAGCAGCCGCUGCCCACCUACGACGAGGUGCUGCUGUGCACCCCAGACACCACCUUCGAGGAGGUGGCGCUGCUGCUCCGCCGCUGCCUGAGCCCAGGCGCCCGGGGCCGCGGCGUGUACAGCCUGCUGCACGCAGACCAGCUGGGCUACGAGGCCGCCUGCCGGGUGGAGGCGCUCUUCCAGAGCCUGUGCGUGCAGCCCCACCGGGAGGGCUACCAGCUCGUCCUGGUCUGCGACUCGGAGCGGGAGCACUGCUACCUGCCCUCGGCCUUCAGCCGGCACAAGGUGCCCGUCACCCCGCAAGCGUCCCUCGAGGCCAUCCAGGAUUACUUGGCUCAGCACUACCAUGUCCCCGAGCGGACCCUGUCGGCCGCAGCUGUGUUCAGGGACCGGAUGUGUGUUGGGAUCGUGGCCUCGGAGAGAGCCGGUGUUGGCAAGUCUCUCUACGUGAAGAGGCUGCACGAAACUCUGCAGAGGACAUUUAGCAGUAGAAAUGUGCCUCUCAAAGUUGUCCGGUUGGUGGACCGUCAGGUGGGCGAGCACCAGGUCCUGGGCUCCCUGCUGCCUUUCCUGAGCGCCCAGUACCAGACGAGACCCAUGAUGUUCCACUUCGACGUGACCUCCUCGGUGGAGACUGGAAUAUGGGCAUUUCUUUUCAAACUCCUGAUCCUGCAGCACUUAACGGAUAUAAAUGGGAAAAUGUGGCUUCGGAACCCGCGCCAUUUGUACGUCAUCGAAAUCCUGGAACGGCACUCGGUGCCACCUCAGAGGCCUUCCAAACAGAGGACACGUGCCCCCCAGUUCAGCUUUCUUGAUAUCUUCCCCAAAGUCACCUGCAGGCCUCCCAAAGAAGUGAUAGGCCUGGAGCUCCACCCCCAGCGGAGCUGCGGAGAGCCAGGGAUGGAUCAGGAAGAGUUCCGCAGCGAGACCUUCCAAAGACCAUUCCAGUAUCUAAAGCGGUUCCACCAGAAACAAGACCUCGAUGCGUUCCGGUACCAAGGAGGCCGGGUCGAAGGCACCCCCGGGGAGUGUAUCCAGCACCUCCUCAUCUACUGUGGGGUGGUCAACCCGUCCUGGUCCGAGCUCUGGAACUUCGCGCGGUUCCUGAACUACCAGCUCAAAGACUGUGAGGCCUCUGUCUUCUGCAAUCCCAGCAUCGUCGGGGACACGCUGCGGGGCUUCAAGAACUUUGUGGUCACCUUCAUGAUUUUCAUGGCGCGAGACUUCGCCACACCCACACUUCACACAUCCGACCAAAGCCCAGGGAAGCACAUGGUCGCCAUGGACGGAGUCCAGGAAGAAGACAUAGCCCCUUUCUCUCUGCGGAGGAGGUGGGAGUCGGAGCCCCACCCAUACGUGUUCUUCAACGGCGACCACACGUCCAUGACCUUCAUAGGCUUCCAUCUGCAGCCCAACCCGGAAGGCAUGGUUGAUGCCAUCGAUCCCGUGAGUAAGAGGGUGAUCAAGAAAGACGUCAUGACGAUGGACUUGUACCAGGGACUGCUGCUCCAGAGGGUGCCCUUCAAUGUCAACUUUGACCAGCUGCCCAGACACGAGAAACUUGAGCGACUCUGCAUGGCGUUAGGGAUCCAGUGGCCUGUCGACCCUGACGACACGUACGAACUCACAACGGACAACAUGCUGAAGAUUCUCGCCAUCGAGAUGCGCUUCCGGUGCGGGAUCCCCGUCAUCAUCAUGGGAGAGACCGGCUGUGGGAAAACCAGGCUCAUCAGGUUCCUCAGCGACCUGCGGCGUGGCUGUGCUCACGCCGACACUGUGAAGUUGGUCAAGGUCCACGGAGGGACCACAGCAGACAUGAUCUACGCCAGAGUCCAGGAGGCGGAGAGCCUCGCCCUCGUCAACAAGCAGGAGCAUCAGCUGGACACCGUGUUGUUCUUCGAUGAGGCCAACACGACGGAAGCCGUCAGCUGCAUCAAGGAGGUCCUGUGCGACCACACGGUGGGCGGCCGGCGGCUGGCGGAAGGCUCUGGCUUGCACAUCAUCGCGGCAUGCAACCCUUACCGGAAGCACUCCCCGGAGAUGAUCUCCCGCUUGGAGGCCGCCGGCCUGGGCUAUCGGGUGAGGGCCGAGGAGACGGCGGACCGGCUGGGCUGCACGCCGCUGAGGCAGCUGGUGUACCGGGUGCACGCUCUGCCGCCAAGCCUGACUCCCCUCGUGUGGGACUUCGGGCAGCUGAACGAUGCCACUGAGAGGCUGUACAUCCAGCAGAUCGUCCAGAGGCUGGUGGACACCACCGUGGUCAGCGACGAUGAGAUGUGUGUGAUCACCGAUGUGCUGUCCGCUUCCCAGCACUUCAUGAGGAAGCAAAGUGACGAGUGCAGCUUCGUCAGCCUCCGGGACGUGGAGCGCUGCGUCAGGGUCUUCCGGUGGUUCCACGAGCGCAGCGGGAUGCUGCUGGCCCAGCGGGGCGCCGCCGGCCACGCCCAUCACUCCCACGGGGACUUCGAGGAAGACCCUGUCCUCUGGGCGCUGGUGCUGGCCGUCGGCGUGUGCUACCACGCCUCUCUGGAGAGGCAGGAGUCGUAUCGGAAAGCCAUCUGCCGGUGCCUUCCGCAGCCGUACAACGACGGCAAGGCCGUGCUGGACACGAUAACGCGGGUGCAGGACCUCUUUCUCGAGGGCGUGCCUCUGCGGAAAACCAUCGCCAAGAACCUGGCUCUGAAAGAGAAUGUCUUCAUGAUGGUCGUCUGCAUAGAGCUCAGGAUCCCCCUCUUCCUGGUGGGCAAGCCCGGCAGCUCCAAAUCCCUCGCCAAGACCAUCGUGGCGGACGCCAUGCAAGGCCAGGCCGCCCACUCGGACCUCUUCCGGAACCUGAAGCAGGUCCACCUGGUGUCCUUCCAGUGCAGCCCGCACUCCACCCCCCAGGGCAUCAUUGGCACCUUCCGGCAGUGCGCCCGCUUCCAGCAGGACAAGGACCUGCGGCAGUACGUCUCCGUGGUGGUGCUCGACGAGGUGGGCCUGGCCGAGGACUCGCCCAAAAUGCCCCUCAAGGCUCUGCAUCCGCUGUUGGAAGACGGCUGCAUCGAAGACGACCCUGCCCCCCACAAGAAAGUGGGUUUCAUUGGCAUUUCCAACUGGGCCCUGGACCCUGCCAAGAUGAACCGGGGCAUUUUUGUCUCGCGUGGCAGCCCCAACACGAAAGAGCUCAUAGAAAGCGCCAAGGGGAUCUGCUCUUCCGAUUCCCUGGUGCAGGAGAGGAUCAAAGGCUACUUCGCGCCCUUCGCCAAGGCCUACGAGAGAGUGUGCCAGCUCCAGGGCAAGGAGUUCUUCGGGCUCCGGGACUACUACAGCCUCAUCAAAAUGGUCUUUGCCAGCACAAAAGCUUCCAACAAGAAGCCUUCCCCACAAGACAUCGCCCAGGCCGUCUUGCGGAACUUCAGCGGCAAAGACGGCAUCCGUGCUCUGGACAUCUUCGCAGCCAGCUUGCCCGAGGCCCGGCUCUCCGAGGAGGUCAGCACCAUGCAGCUGGUCGAGCAGAACGUGUAUGGAGACCCCAUGCGGGCGCGGGGCAGGGACCCGGAGGACUCGGAGGCCCGCUACCUGCUCCUGCUGACCAGGAACUACGUAGCCCUGCAGAUCCUGCAGCGGGCGCUCUUCCGCCAGGACCGGCAGCCAGAGAUCAUCUUCGGCUCCAGCUUCCCCAGGGACCAGGAGUACACGCAGAUCUGCAGAAACGUCAACCGGGUGAAGGUCUGCAUGGAGACUGGCAGGAUGGUGGUGCUGCUCAACCUGCAGAACCUGUACGAGAGCCUGUACGACGCCCUCAACCAGUACUACGUCCACCUCGGGGGCCAGAAGUAUGUGGACCUCGGCCUGGGGACCCAUCGCGUCAAAUGCCGGGUCCACCCAGACUUCCGCUUGAUAGUCAUCGAGGAGAAAGAUGUCGUCUACAACCACUUCCCCAUCCCCCUCAUUAACCGGCUGGAGAAGCAUUACCUGGACAUCAACACCGUGCUGGAGACGUGGCAGAGGGACAUCGUGGGGGAGCUUAAGGCCUGGGUGGACCUCUUUGUCCGUGUCCCGGCAACAUCGGUGGGAGCCACCCACAGGUACAGCCCUUCAGAUGUCUUCAUGGGCUACCACUCAGACACCUGUGCCUCUGUGGUGCUCCAGGUCAUAGAGAGGCUGGGUCACCGGGCUGUGACCCACGAGCAUUACCGGAAGGUGCUGGAGGACGCCAAGUUGGUGCUGCUGGACUGCGCCACGCCCGACGCCGUGGUCCGGCUCAGCACUACCUCCCUGGGCCUGUUCGCGGCGAAGUCCCUGUCCCAGGAGUACUACUACCGGCAGCAACACGACUCCUUCGCAGACUUCUUGCAGGCUCACCUGCGCCAGCCGAUGCCAGAGUGCCACGCCGUCUUCACCGAGAUCACCACUUUCUCCCGACUGCUGACCGGCCACGACAGUGAGGUUCUGGCAGCGGAAGUCACCGGCAGGGCUCUGACGCCCACGGUCCUGUCGCUGCAGCAGUUCGACACCGAGCACGCCUUCCUCAGAGAAGUCCGAAAGUGCGUGACUAACGCCGCUCCGCGGAAGAUCCUCAUCAUUCAAACAGACUUCGAGGACGGCGUGCGCAGCGCUCAGCUCAUCGCCUCCGCCAAGUUUUCUGCGAUGAACGAGAUCAGCAAGCACCAGGGGCAUCAGCACUGCACCUUCGUCUACUUCAUCACCAAACUGUCCCGGAUGGAGAGCGGCAGGUCCUACGUGGGGUCCCAUGGAGGGCUGUGGCGGACUGUGCACAUCGACGACCUCCGGAGGUCCACAGUCAUGGUGUCGGACGUGACAAAGCUGCAGGACGUGACCAUCAGCCAGCUGUUUGAUCCGGACGACGGAUCGGAGCUUGAGGUGGGACACGGGGCCAGAGAUGGCCAUGAGGAAGAGAUGGAAGUGGAGACCCACGAACCGGGCUCCACAGCUCAGAUCGGCACAGACACAGACAUGGAGACGGACCAUUCUGGGCCCCAGAGCAGCCACACACCGGCCCUGGACACCGGCCACCUGCUGCGCAGCUGCGUGCAGAGCGCCGUGGGUCUGCUGCAGGACCCGAGCGAGCGCAGUCAGCGCAACGUGAGGCGCGUGGAGGUCCUCCUCGGCCUCCUCAGCGAGGACGACGCGCAGAAAGCCGCUUUCUCCCGGGAGGUCAAGCGGCGCCUCCACGACCUCUUACGGAGGCAGGAGACCUUCGCGUUCGCCAGGGAGCAGUGGGUGCAGGAGGAGGCCUCCAACCCCGACGCCCUCCAGGAGGCGGGCACGUUCAGGCACACCCUCUGGAAGCGGGUCCAGGGUGCCGUGACCCCCCUCCUGGCCAGCAUGAUCUCCAUCAUGGACAGAGACGGCAACCUGGAGCUCCUGGCCGCGCCCGAUGCACCGUCGUGGACGAGAGACCUUUGGAUGUUCAUUUUCAGUGACCUGAAGCUGCUGAACAUUCCUCUCGUGGCGAGUGCUACCAGAAGGGAGACGUCCCACAUCCUGGUGCUGAGCCACAUGCAGCUCUCCGGGGACAACUGCAACAGCUUCCCAUUCAGCUGGAGGAUCAAGGACUACGUGGACGAGCUGGGCGUCCAGGCUCAGUACGUCUCCGAACCCGCAGGGGCAUCCGAGAAGCUGCUGGAGAUCUUCCGGCAGACGCCGCUGGGCUGCUUCCUGGCGCGGCUCCCUGGGGAAGAGCGGCAGCAGCUGCUCCGCUGCUACCUGCAGGACUUCCUGCUCUUGACCAUGAAGGUGUCCAACGUGGAGGAACUGAUGCUCCUGCAGAUGGCCCUGUGCUCCUGUGUCCAGCAGCUGAGGGAGGAAAGCCCCCAGGAGGACCUUUCCCUCCCCUGGGUGCACCUGGCCUAUCAGCGUUUCAGGAUCCGGCUCCAGAACUUCUCCAGAAUCUUGACCAUCCAUCCCCCGAUUCUAGACAGCCUAACUGAAGCUGCUCGGAGCCGUGGCUUGGCUACCCGGGAGAUGACUCUGGACGUGUCUGCGGCGCUGGCCUGCGUUGAGCUGCUGCUGAGGGACCUGCUGGAGCCCAGCCCCCAGGUGUGGCUGCAGACGGUGAAGAAGCUGUCAAUGCCACUGGAGCUCCUCUGCUCUGACGGGUACCUUCAGGACCCCAGGAGCACGGCCGGAGACCUCGUCCGAGAAAUCAGAACCCACUGGAACCGCAUUUUCUCUGUCGCGCUCUUCGUAGAGCACGUUCUCUUGGGGACCAGGAGCCACCUGCCUGAGCUGCAAGAGCUGGUGACGGAGUCUGCCCACAUCCUGAACAGGCGUCUGCAGGGAAACUCGGACAUCAAGACCUUGCGGCCGUUCAGGGCAGUGAUGCAGACUCUCUGCGAGUGUAAAGAGCGGGCCAGCAACGCCUUAAUCCAGUUUAAGGUCCAGGCGUGCCCCGUCUGCCUGGGAGACGCGCACGACCCUGUCCACCUGCCCUGUGACCACGUGUUCUGCCUGAACUGUGUCAAGUCUUGCCUCACCCUUGGGCAGAUGAGCUGCCCGCUCUGUCUGACCGACUUGCCAGAAGGCUUCUCUCCAAAGGUUUCCCAGGAGAUGAGGGCCGCCAUUGAGAAGCACGCCCGCUUCCGACACAUGUGUACCAGCUUCUUCGUGGACCUGGUGUCCACCGUGUGCUUCAAAGACAACUGUCCCCCGGACAAGGACGUGGUGGACAUGCUACUGUCUCUGCUCUUCGUGGAGAAGAAGCUGCUGCUGAGAGGCGCACCCCAGAGACACCGUGAACACACAAAAUCCCUGUCCCCGUUCAACGACGUCGUGGACAAGACGCCCGUCAUCCGCUCCGUGGUCCUGAAGCUGCUCCUGAAGUACAGCUUCCGGGAAGUGAAAGGUUAUAUCCAGGACUACUUGACCCUGUUAGAAAAGAAAGCCUUCAUGGCCGAAGACAAGACGGAGCUGUACCUGCUCUUCACCAGCUGUCUGGAGGACUCCAUGCACGAGAAGAGCGGCGCCUUCUCUGGGAGCGGCGACCCAGGAGCCCUGCAGGAGGACGUGCAGUUCCUGCGGGUGCUCCUGUGCAGGCCCUGGGAGCCCACCUCCAAGGCCUCGGUCGAGGGCCUGCAGGAGGUGGCCAGGGUCCGCCUCUGCCUUGACAGGGCUGCCGAUGUCCUCGCUGAGCUGCGGAAAGGCUCGGCGAUGACUGAGGAGAGGAAGGAGUACCUGCGGCAGGUGGAGCGCUUCUGCACGCAGGCUGGGAACGACUGGUACCGGGUGUACCUGGUGAGGAAGCUGACGAGCCUGCUGGGCAUGGAGUCUGUGCAGGGUCUCUCCCGGCCUGGCCACCCAGCCCAGUGGGUGUUUCCCAAGGAAGUCAUUGAACAGCAGAGAGACCAUCCAGGCCACAUGGAUCACUUCCUGGUGCAUGGGCAGGAGUACAAGGCUGUCCGUGAUGCUGUGGGCAAAGCCGUGCUGGACUGCAAGCUGCCAGCCGUCGAGACGGCUCUGCAGGCCUGCAGAAGCCCCGAGACACACCGGGCAGCCUACCUGCUGCUGGCGCUGUUCCGAGAGGUCGCCAGUCUGUACAGAUCCCGGAACGCCAGCCUGCACCCCACACCCGAGCAAUGCGAGGCUCUGAGGAAGUUCAUUGAACAAAGCCAGAGCCUCUCCCCAGACAUGAGACACUUCGCAACGUCCCUUGUGACCAAUGCGCUGCCACUGCUGAGGGCUUGUCCCCGUGGCAGCAACCUUGAGGGAGUGGUGACAGAAAUGGCUAUUCAUGCCGCCGUCGUAUUCCUCUGCGGACAACACAGAGUCUUGGAACCUCUAAAGAACUUGGCCUUCUCCCCAGCAACCAUGGCGAGGGCUUUCCUUCCGACGAUGCCUGAGGACUUGCAGGCUCAAGCCAGACGCUGGAAGGGCCUGGAAGGUGUCCACUGGUAUACGUGUCCCAAAGGUCACCACUGCGCCGUAGGAGAGUGUGGCAGGCCAAUGGAGCGGAGCUUCUGCAUCGAUUGCCGCGCGCCCAUUGGCGGGAAGGAUCACAGACCGGAGGCGGGGUUCACUACUGUUGGAAACGUCACAGACCGAACCCAGACUGGCCAUGUGCUGGGAAGCCCGCCCUCCGAGGACAAGGCGGUGGUUUCGGACCGAGAGCUGCCCCCGGUGGUCUUUCUUCUCGCCCGGCUCCUCACUCACCUGGCUCUGUUUCUGGGAGCAACUCACAGCCGGCAGGCUGUGAAAGACAUUAUCCGCCCUCUGGUUGAGGACCCAAGAGAGUUUCUGGAGCAGCACAUCCACAGGGACGUGCGGCAGCUGACAAAGAGCCUGGGCAGGAGCGCCGACGACACUGCGGGUGUGGUCCACCUGGUCCUGCGCAGCCUCCUCUCAGAGCGGCGCCACCCGCCCGGGCAGGGGUCUUUCCCUUUUGAUGAGGUCUUGUCAACCAAAGAACAGAGAAACUCCUGGGAGAAGUGUGUGGAGACUCUCAUUGUGCCUGAACUUGAGCACCUGGAUAAAGCUCUCCGGACAGUGAACACUCUCCUCCGCUGUGACGAGCGCAUCAGCUCCAACCCAGUGGCCAAACUCGUAUUCGGUGACCCGGUGUCCUUCCUGCCCCACCUGCCUCAGAACAGCGUGGUCCACAGCUCCAAGAUGUGGAGCUGCAGGACGAGGGUCACCGUGGAGUAUCUCCAGAAUCUCGUGGAGCAAAAGAAUGGCAAAGAAACCGUGCCCGUCCUCUGGAAGUUCCUGCAGAAGGACGGAGAGCUGAGACUGGUGAAGUUCUUGCCUGAGAUCUUGGCCCUGCAGAGGGAUCUCGUGAAAUGGUUCCAGAAUGCUUCAGAAGCCCAGUACCCGUCCAUCUGUGACUUUAUUGAAAGUCACAGUUCAGACGGGCUGAAGCAGCUGCUCCGCAGCAGAUUCUCAUCAUUUCUGUCCACGUGGAACAAGCUGAGGAGGUCCCUGGAGACCCAUGGUGAAAUCAAGCUACCUCAGGACUACUGCAGCGCCGACCUGGACCUGGACUCCAAGCUCGAGGUCGUCUUGCCACGCCGCCAGGGCCUGGGCCUCUGCUCCACCGCCUUAGUCAGCUACCUGAUUAGCCUGCACAAUGAAAUGGUCUACACGGUGGCCAAGUUCUCCGAGGAAGAAAACAACUACUCUGUGGAUGCCUCUGAGGUCACUGACCUGCACGUCAUCAGUUACGAGGUGGAGCGUGACCUGACUCCACUCAUCCUCUCCAACUGCCAAUACCAAGUGGAGCAGGGUGGCGAGAGCCUGCAGGAGUUUGACCUGGAGAAGAUCCAGCGCCAGCUCACCAGCCGCUUCCUCCAGGGCAAACCCAGGCUGACCCUCCGGGGGCUCCCCACACUGGUGUGCAGACGCGACUGGAACUUCGAGCACCUCUUCACCAGCAUCAGGAACAAGGUGCCCCAGGUCCCCCUCCCCAACGCGGCCCUCAGCACCAUCAGCGGGCAGCUGCAGUCCCACAGUGACGCCUGUGAAGCUCUCUCUGUCAUAGAAGUCACUUUGGGGUUUCUGAGCACAGCUGGUGAGGACCCGAACAUGGACUUGAUCGUGUACAUCCAGGAUAAGCUGCGAAUAAGCGAUCAGACGGAGCAGGUUCUAAAGGCCCUACACAGGUGUCAGCUGAGGCACGUCCUCGCCCUCUGGCAGCUCCUCUCUGCUCAUAAGUCUGAGCAGCAGCUGCGCCUCAGAAGAGAACCAUUUGGGGAGAUCAGUGCUGACUACAGAGUUGAGCUCAGCCAAGAAGGUGCUAAGCUCCUGCGCACAUUCCUGAACCAGGGCGGCCUGGACACCUUUCUCCUGGAGCUCCAUGAAUUGAUGGUCUUGAAGCUGAAGAACCCCCAAACCAAGCAGGAUUUCAACCCCAACUGGAGCCUGAGGGACACUCUAGUGAGUUACAUGGAGACUAAAGAUGGUGAUGUUCUGCCUGAAAUGGAAGCUCAGUUCCCAGAAGAUAUACUGCUCUCCAACUGUGUGUCAGCAUGGAAAGUGGCAGUGGAGCUGAAACGGGGUCGACAGAUGAGAUAGAACUGCCUCCUCAGGACUGUCUCGGCCUGAGGCUGGGGGAGAGCGGGUGCCCCGCUCUGCACCCAGCACGGGGCAGCUGCCGCCCAGCAUCGCUGACUGCGUGUGCGUGCCCACACUGUCUCACCGUGGGUGAAUUCCUGUCCCUGAGAGGUGGCCCCUGGGUGAACCGUGCUCCUCAUAUCCCAGGGGAGUGUGCAAGCACAUCCGUCUCAGGAAGCCAGGCCUCUUUGUGGAAACAUCCCAGACACAAGGCCCCUUCCUUCUCAAGACUACUGCACAGUCAGAGGGAACACGGGUUAUCACUUUUUGCUUUAUUUUCUAGUAUGUUCUGCACUCUGAGAACCCGGUUUUCUUCUUUCUUCUGUCCUUUAAAUUCUGAGUAUUGCACAGACAUUUGUAGGUCUCCAGGAACAUAAACAAGUGCCAGGCUGUGUCCUCUCACGAGCCGAGGCACUCUGUAGGUGACAGGUCCCGAAGCCCAACCAACCAGACCUCACCAGGCCCCAUGAUGAGCCACUGCCACAUUUCAAGGGUCGGAGCACUGGGCUAAGAAUCCUGGACACUUUUAGCCUUAGUUUCUCGUUAUCAAAUGAAGGAACUGGACUGAUGGCCACAUUUCCUCUCAAUCUUAGUAUUUUGAAAUUCUAAACGGAAGUUUGUCGGUACAGACUUGGGUGAAAGGCACAGCCCUGGCAUUCUGUGGGAAGUGUCUGACCAGCACCGUGAUGAGUACACAUGACCCCCAUGUGACCCCAGUGUCCCCGAGUGUGAGUAUCUGGUGCUGCUCUGGGUCUCAGCCAGGAAGUGAAAAUGGACUCAGGACACAAAACUACUCAAGUCUCUGAGAAAGGAACGAGGGACUGCCUGGCCAGCCCUCACCGCCUGCUGCCUUGCCACAGCAGUGUCAGGUCUCUUCUCCACAACCACGUGGAUGCAGCGAGUCUCUGGACUCAUGCCUACUCCUGACUCACCCAGCUCCUCGGGCUCAGCACCCAUGGCCAGCGAGAAACAACUUCACAGCCAGGCAGAGGUCCUUCAUGUGCAUUCUCAGCAAGUUAAUGACUCAUCCUGAAAUCAGGUCCAUGGGUGAUGAAAGCUACACAAACAGCAAAUGCGCACCAGGAGCCCAUGCACACCCUCAGCACUGGGCAGGAGUGCAAAUGGCCCUGCCCUGCAUCACCACUGCACUUCCUCUUAGUUGUGCAUGGUGAGGGGAGGCCGGUGAUGCAGGCCCUGCACUCCUUCACCUAGUACAGAAUCCACCUGCCUUACCUAAUCUGACUGUUCAGUCUUUCCAGACUAUGCAAAGGCCCUGACCCUCGACAUCUACAUCCUGAAUUGCCAUUUAAUCAGGGGCAGGGGGUUGUUUGUUCAACUCUUCAACUUAUACUUGGAACUCCUUUGAUACCUCAGAGUUGGGAUGGAGCUGGUCCGGCCAUCAGGGGCCACUCUGGUUCCUCACUAUGCCACAGCUGAGCAGAAGACCCUUUUGGGGGGUGAAGGGGGAAUGGGAAUUUUCUCCCCACUUUAUGAAGGUUUUUAAAUUAUGAUGUUUUGUUUUGUAUGGCUAUGCCUUCAACGCCUUAACUCUCAUUAUCUAGCAUUGUUUGUACAAAAAUACACUGGCCUAGCAGAAACAAAGACAAAUCUUUACUGUAUUUGUUAUACCUGUUUAAUAAACUUGAGUUUUGCUGCUAAA